AUGGAUUUACUUGUUGUGCAUAAAGUUAGGGAACCAGACUUUGUGGAAAAUGAGAAUGAGAAUGAAAUUCUUUACCUUUGCCAAGGGCCUGCAGAGAGUGGUGAGGGUAGUGGGUUUGAGGCUGCUGCAGAGGAAAAUGAGGAGGUUGAGAAACAGUGCAUGGUGGACGAAGUUGGUGAUAAGUUGGACACACAUGAUGAAGUGGAGGUGGAGGUGGAGGCAGUUGAGGAAGUUGAGGUAGAGGAAGUGGAGGUGGAGGAAGUAGGUGCAGUGGUGGCGGAGGAAGUAGGUGCAAUGGUGGCGGAGGAAGUGGAGGAAGUUGAAGUGGAGUCUUUGGAUGAAAUACAAAACAGUAGUGAGGAAGAAGUGGAAGUGGAUGAAGUACAAAACAAUAGUGAGGAAGAAGUGGAAGUGGAUGAAGUUGGUAGUGAGGAGGAUGACAAUGCAGACAAACCAAGUCGAUGUCCGUUUCCUACAUUUGGAAAGAAAAAGUCAAUGGUAGAUUACAAAUGGGAAGUUGGUACUAUUUUUAAUGAUAAGGAGGAUUUUAAGGAAGCAAUUAGAAACUAUGCUAUUCAUACUGGGAGGGAUCUUAAGUUUGUAAAGAAUGAUAAGCAUAGGGUUCGGGUGAGAUGCAUGGGUGCGCAAAAAAAGUGUCCAUGGGUAGCUUACUUAGGAUAUUUGCCAUCAAGAAAUAUUUGGCAGUUAAGGAAGAUUCUUGAUACCCAUGCUUGCAGUAGACAACUAAACAUUAAAAUGAUGAAUAGUAAGUGGUUGAGUCAUGAAGUAGAUAAGGUGUUGCAUGACAAUCCAACUAUAAAGGUUCAAGAUAUACGUAAUAAAGCACUAAGGAAAUGGAACACCAAGGUAUCAAUUUCCAAAGCAAGAAGGGUCAAGUUAAUGGCAACAAAUGAACGUGAAGGAGAUUUUAAAGAGCAAUUUAGAAGGAUUCAUGACUACGGACAAGAGGUUUUGAGAAGUAACCCGGGGUCAACUGUUAAGAUUAAAGUGAACAGUGAUAAUGGUGAUGCCAUCUUUGAAAGAAUUUACGUAUGUCUGAACGCAUGUAAGAAGAGUUUUGUAAGUUGCAGGCCCAUCAUCUUUUUAGAUGGCUGUUUCUUGAAAGGUCUAUAUAAGGGCGAGUUGCUUACAACAGUUGGUAGGGAUCCAAAUGACCAAAUGCUUCCCAUAGCAUAUGCAGUAGUUGAAGUUGAAAAUAAAGAUAGUUGGAGUUGGUUUUUGCAAUUAUUGAUUGAAGACCUUGGUGGUGAUGAAAUAUGUCGAGCAUGCACGUGGAUGUCUGACCAACAAAAGGGGUUGGUACAUGCUAUUGAAGAGCUUUUGCCUAAGGCAGAACAAAGAUUCUGCUUCAGGCACCUUUAUGCUAACUUCAGGAAGCAGUUUAGUGGUCAAAUAUUGAAGAACUUGAUGUGGAGUGCUGCAACAAGCACGUACCCCCAGGCUUGGGAGAGAGAGAUGCUGAAUAUGAGAGUAGUGAAUGAGGAAGCUUAUAAAUACCUCAUAGCUAUUCCCCCAAGAAUGAAGGUGGCAUCUAUGGAUUUCAAUGUGUGUCCAAAGAUCAAGAAAAGACUAACAAAGGAAUGUCAAUUGUCUAGAUAUUGGAUCCCAAGCUGGUCCGCAAGAAGGAUUUUUGAGGUUAGGCAUGUUUCAGCUGUUGGGAACAAGUUCACAGUGGACCUGGAUACUCAUGAAUGUAGCUGCAGGAAAUGGAUGAUCAGUGGCAUCCCAUGUUGCCAUGCAGUUGCAGCGAUGCACUACAUAAAUUUAGACCCAGACACUUUUAUACCAACUUGGUUCAUGAAAUCUACGUACGAAGAGACAUAUGCAUCCAUCAUUUAUCCUGUGAAUGGCCACCUCCUAUGGGAAAAUACAAGCUUACCUGAUGUAAUGCCACCGGUUAAGAGGAAGAUGCCUGGGAGGCCAAAGAAGAAAAGAAGAUUGGAGCCAUUGGAGCUAACCAAGGAUGGGACCCAGAUGAGUGUUGGUGGCCAUAGAAAGAAAUGUAGCAUCUGUCGUCAAUUGGGGCACAACAAAAAAGUAUGCCCUUUACGUCCACCCAUCAUAGAACCAACAUAA